CAGACGACGACGACGAGGCGCAACGACAACUUCGAUGGGAUAUUGUGUAAGGUAUAAAAGUUUGCUUAAGUUGGCUUAUCAAAUCAGAAUUAACUUGCAACACAUUCAGUGAACAGUUAAGUCACUCUUUUACAACACAAUACAAUAUGAAGUUCGCUAUUGCUGCCGUAGUCGUGUUGGCUUUUGCCAUGGGUGCUCAAUCAUCACUGAUUGCUGGAAUUCCCGGACUAUUAAGUCCUCUGGGUACAAUUGACAUUGCUGGCCCAGGACAAGUUUUAGCUCAAGGACCUGGUAUUUUGGGAUUGGGUUUGGGUUUGCCAGCUGCUGUUAACAUUGCUGGUAGUCCUUUGAUUGCUGGUGCUCAUAUUCCAGCUAUUGCUGCUGGUAUUCCCGGACAUGGUGCAACAUAUGUUGCCCAAACUCGUGGUGCUGUUCACACAGCUCCAUUGGCUGGACACAUUCAAUCGGCUGCAUCUGUUAACUUAGCUCCAGCUCCAGGAACUUUGUAAAUUGAUUAAAAAGAAAGAAUACCGAAAAGAAAGCAUACAAUACAAACAAUUUCCCCACGAAAACUGCCAUCGAAACUAAAUUUGUAGGACUUUAAUAAAAUACGAAUUACUAAAGUUUUACAUUUUUAAAAUCUUGUUAAUAAUUUGUUUAAGCUCAUAAACUAAACAAUAAUAAUCUCAUCAAUAUACCUUAUAAAUGCAUAGCAACCAACCAAGCGAAAAGUAAAUAAAAUUAAAAAACUCAAAAGCUAAA